AUAGAAUAUUUUAGGAAACUAAUUCUAACGCAUUUUUUAUGUGUGAGUAAAUGGCAUUAAAGACGAUAAUUUUUUUUUUCUAAUAUAUUCAUCCUGCAUUUACCAAUCACACGUGACCCGGGUAUCGUUCUGCAUCGUGUAAAUAUAUUCCCGUAUAAAUUGUACCAGUCACGGUAUUGUUAUUGUAAACGGUUGCGGCACACGCGUUUAACACUUUGGACUUUGGACUAUAACCUUAACAAUGCUCUGUGCUCUAAUGAAACUUCGGGAAUUGUAGAACAGAGACCGCUUUGAAACGAAAAAUAUGUAUUGUUAGUUUCGUAAUUUUUUCUUUUUGAUUUGUUUUAACACGCGAACGCGUUGUGCUUUUGUUUUUUGUCGUGUUUAAACUGAUGCUUUCUUUCGUUUUUUAAAUAAUAUGCUGUAACUAAUUCGUAACAGUAAAAAUAAAGUAUUAUUAUGAAGUUAAAUACGUCGUAUAAUUUUUCGCUGUAUUGACAAUCAUAAGAAAAUCUACGUAGUUAUUUUUGCCAUCUGCCAUUAUCAAACAUAAUAUAAAGUGAUUUUAUGCAACAGCGUUCGUCACAAAAGAUUUUAUACAUGCAAUAUACACAUUUGCCUAGGAAAACGAGCCACCGUUCCCGAGAUUCGAAACUAGUUUGCUAACAAAAGCUAGGAGGCCUUUAGAAUAACAAUGCGCAGUUGAUAUUUAUACACGGCUCAAGUUAAUUUAACCUUGGACUUUAAAUAUUCUUCGGAAAAAAGUUUUGUCUACACAAAAUGCGUUUUACGGUUCAGGUUUUGUUGUGUGACCUUUGUUGUGAACUACAAUGCCUUCGAUCAGGAAUGCACGAGGCUUGUCCGCUACUUGUUUUGUUUCUACGGGUUUUUGUUUUAAAGGCGCGUCUGUAGUGUCAAGUGUGCUGCUAGUCUGAUGAUUGAUAGUGAUUUUCAGUUGUUUUGUUGAUGUUUUUUUGUCCUCUUCACUGACUUGAAUGUAUACAUCUUUGUAAUCAUAACAAUUAUCAUUUUUAGCUGUUGUAUGUUACUUUGAGAAAUAUAAAUCAAUUUGGAAUCAAUGUAUUACUAUACCAUCUUUACGGAUCAUUAGAUGGGAAUUGUAAAUUGUGCGUAACUUCAAAAUUCACCAAGAGUCGUUGCAAGCCAGGAUUAAUCGGACAUCCAAGCGAUGCAAUGCUCUAACCGAGGUAUUUCUUCAUCAGGUCACCGAUAAAUUGGACUGGAAUUAAAAUGACUAUAGAUAGAGCCGGCCGUCCGCCAGCGCCGAGACGCGCCUCCUCCACGUACAGGAGUUACGACGAGCUUGGCAUCAUCGACCGCGGCAAACCGCUGAGGUACAGGCACGGAGGCGUCGAAGAUCUCACCGGCAUCGAAAGGAGGCCAUACGAACCACAAAACAUGGACGACAUCACAGUCAUAAGCUCUGAGGAGAUACAACGACCCAAAAAGAAGACCAUAGAAGGUCUCGCGAACGGGUUCAGGAGAACCUUCUCGGUGCGCAGUCGCAGGGAAGAGCCCGAAGGCAUACCGUUAGAUACGUUCAAUAUAACCUGCGAGGAGAACUUCGCGACGGUCAGAGGUGCACCGUUUGGCCGGCGCAGGUCCUUGUCGAGGGACCGCGGAUCAUCGCUGCUUGCGAGGAGUUCUUCUGAAGGGGAUGUGCGCAUGCCGCCUCCCCGCGCGCCACCCGCGGCCCCCGCGCCGCGCCUGCACCGCUGCCUGCGCGCCCUCGGCGGCAGUUGGAAGAACCUUUUGCUAUGUGAGUCUCGGAUGGUCUUCUCAGCUUUAUUAAUUUGCGGUGUUCAGUUACUAAUUAGACGCACCUAAAACGUGUAAAUAACUCUUAACCUUUAGAAACCGGACCGUUCUUCUCAUUAUGCUGUUAUUCAAAACGGUCAACCGUUCACGGCUCACGCCCCGAGUUAAUUAUUGGUGCGACGGGUACAAAUGACCACGGCCGACGUACUUACACUGGAUCUAUGAUUAACCGCAGCUUAACCGAAUUAAAUGCUUUCUUUUAUGUAAAUUAACCGAUUGUUUGUAGUGUUCACGAGAGAGGCAAUUAAUAUGAGAUUAGAGCGUGUGUAUAUAUUUUAGGGUUAAGUGAUACCGACGUAUGGUAACGUAUGAUGUAAUAGCGAAUAAUCGUUAUUAAUUGACGACGUAUAAUAUACUGCGGCUUAAGUGUUCGGAGAUUAAUUUGACGUUACGCCGAUUACACUUUAUACAUAUUGUAUUUAACAGGAUUAACUGUGAAAUUACGGGAUACAUGCGGUGCCAAGUAUUUGAUGUAGAAUUAUUGGACUAUACUGUAGGCUUCUCUUAUGUUCAAUUUGAAACCGCAUUACCAAUAAAUAGAGACUGUAAUUGUUCAAUUAGCGUAUUGUAAACUCAACUGAAGUAAUUAUAAAAUUCAUACAGAUCGAUACAGGCUUCUGACACGUUUAAUUUAAAACCAUGUCACCAACAAAUAAAGACUUUAAUUGUUGCUAUUAGAGCAUUGUAAACUCAACUGAAAUAUUUAUUAAAUUCAUACA